AUGGGCUAUGGCUACGUGGCCGUAGCGCUCUUCGCGCUCUACCUCCCGACGUACUCGAAUGGCGCGCACCGCAAGCCGUGGACGAGCCUGCGCAACCACGGCAUGUGGAACCUCAUGUGCGAAUACCUCGGCAUGGAAAUUGUCUGUGAAGAAGCGCUCGAUGCCACCAAGCAGUAUGUGAUUGCCUACUAA